CGCUAACCCUAGCGGUAAUGCUUCAAACUACACCUAGAAGCGUUACAUCAUGUAGAUUUGGCCCACAAAAGAGCGAGCUCCGCCACUGUUGGGUCAGAGGAAAGGGUUGCCUUUCCCGAGGGAAAGUAACUAGCGCCAGAUGGGAGUGCCAAGAAGCGAGGAAGCAGAUACAGCAUUAUAUGUACAUAUAGGUGUCCCCCUGCACCGCAACUCAUUCGUAAGUUCCCCCAACGGGUGAAUUACCCCCGAUAGGGUUAAAGGGGCGUCCGAAGUGGGCGAACUGUUUGGUAUGCGCACCGCACGUGGGUAAAUGUAAAGGUUGGCUGAGCCGCUUCGCGAAGGUGUAUACGUAGGUCCACGAGCGCACACGCGUAAACGAACAGAAUGCGUCCAGUGCAGCGAUAGGCCAAAGUGAUCCGCGCUGCGAAAUUAAGAAGAAACAGCGCAAUAUGAAUAACUUCCUAAAAGGACACAACGGGUGUGCCGCUCUGAAGUUGGUGAGGCAAUGCGUCGGGACGAGCGCAAAGGGGGUAAAAAACCUCCAGAGGGAGGGCCAAACCCCCUUUGCCGGAGUUCCUGGGGGGAGAAUAAUGGGGAAAUACUUUUCCACAGUGUCACUUUACGAUAAUAGAAGCUUUCUAAAUAGGGCAAAAAAUAAAUUGCGCCAAAAAGGGAGCCCCGAAAUGAGACACCCUUCAGCACUAAGCCGCAAUGGCAAUACCCUCUUCUUUUCAACGAGUAAUAAAAAAAUAAAAAUUAUCAACCCGCAAAAGAUAAGAAACGUGGCAAUCAUUGCACAUGUAGAUCAUGGGAAGACAACCCUGGUAGAUAAGCUGCUAAAACAAGGGGGAGAAGAAACAAAAAACGAAAGAGUAAUGGACCAUAAUGAUUUGGAAAAGGAAAGAGGAAUUACUAUCAUGUCCAAAGUGACAAGAAUAAAAUAUGAUGAUUAUUUUUUUAAUAUCGUUGAUACCCCUGGGCAUUCAGAUUUUGGCGGAGAAGUUGAACGGGUGCUGAACCUCAUUGAUGGGGUUUGCCUAAUUGUUGACGUCGUUGAAGGACCAAAGAACCAAACGAAAUUUGUUCUAAAAAAAUCUCUGCUAAAUCCAAAGUGCAAAAUUAUUGUCAUUAUGAAUAAGUUUGAUAAACCUAGUAAUAUAAAAAGGAAAGAAGAAAUUGAAAAUGAAAUUUUUGACCUUUUCGCUGAUUUGAACGCUCCAGAUGAGUUGAUGAAUUACCCCAUCCUCUACGCCUCUGCGAAGAAUGGGUGGUGCACGGACAGCUUCGAGGAUGCUAAGCAGAAUAAGUGUGCACAUAAUAACGUGCUAGUCAUAUUUAAAAAAAUUAUAGAAUAUUUUGACUCCCCUGUGGGGUCCCCACUGCUUGAGGGCAGCGUUACAGGGGAUGACUCACAUGGUGUAACUCCUUUAUUGGGGGUAUCGUCACGAAGAGACUCUGCGAAGGAUGGCGGAUUUGUCGAAGACCCGUCCAACCGCCCCCCCCUCGGGGAGGAUAAAAACGUGGAGGCGAAAAUAAUGCGCGAACCGUUCAGCAUGCUAGUCAGCCUUAUAGACCACCAAGAAGGGGUAGGCGUCACGGUGACGGGGAAAAUAUACGGAGGGGUCAUCAAAAAGGGAGACACGAUUAUCGUGAAGAGUGAAGAAAAUAAAGUAAAAGGGACAUGUGUAAUUAAGAACAUUUUCUACAUGAAAGGACGCAAAAUGGAAAAUGCUAAUUUCGCCAGUGCAGGGGAUAUUGUAAAUAUUUCCUUUUCGAAGGGAGUUACCCCAUCUGUUAACGAUACGCUGUCAUCUGAAGAAGCCGUAUCAAGUUUGAAGGUGAGGCCAAUCGAUCCGCCUGUUCUCUGCUUAAAAAUUUCACAAAAUACAAGUCCCCUAACAGGGAAGGAUGGAAAGCAUAUAACUCUGUCCUCCAUUGGUAAUAGACUUAAAAGAGAAGCAGCCAUAAAUGUGGCCAUCGAAAUUAACGAGUCGGAAAGGAAAGACAGCUAUGAGGUGAAAGGAAGAGGAGAAUUACAGUUAGGCAUUCUGAUCGAAAAGUUGAGGAGGGAAGGAUACGAAAUGACCAUCUCAUCUCCAAAUGUUAUUUACACAAAAGAUGAAAAUGGAAAUCUGCUAGAACCAGUUGAAGAAUUUCACAUUACCAUACCGUCUGUAAUUAGCUCCAAUGUUAUUGAAAAAUUAAACACAAGGAAGGCAGAAAUUGUGGACAUUAUAAAUGACGAUAAUGAAAAUACUUUCAUCAAGUGUAUUUGCCCAUCGAGAAAUUUCUUUGGUAUGAGAUCUUACCUGCGUGAUGUUAGCAAAGGGACCUCCAUUAUUAACUCCGAAUUGAGGGAAUAUAAAAAAAAACAAACGUCCUACAAAAGUGACAGAAAUGGGGUGAUCAUAUCCUCGUCCAGUGGAACAACCACUGCCUUUUCGCUUGACCCCAUACAGUUAAAGGGAAAUUUAUUUGUUAGCGAAAAUUACCCUACUUAUGAAGGCAUGAUCAUCGGAGAGCACUUCCUAAGCAAUGAUAUUGAAAUGAAUGCUGUGAAGGUCAAGCCUGUGCAACACCUAAGGAAUAAGGGCCAUGAGGAAACCAUAAGGAUAAAUCAUAAAAGUGUCACCAUUGAGUAUGCUCUUUCGUUUAUUCAAGACGACGAAGAAAUAGAAGUUACUCCGAAGAGGAUCGUCAUGCGGAAGAAAAUCCUAAACACGGAGCAGAGAAAAACGGCAAACAGGAAGGCCAAAAAUGGGUAAUUAGGGGAAAAAGCUAUGUGUGUGAUGGGCUAAUAUGAGGACUGCCUAACAGAUGGAGCCACACCGGAUGGGUUUUCCUCUUGUCAAUGAAAACGGCUCCAUAGUGAGACCAAUCAUACCUUACCUUUCUCAUUUGCAUCUCUGGAAGGUGCCCUCUUCGAACCCGGAUGAUGUUGCGCGUCCCCCUUUUAUUUUCCAAAAAUGUUCUGCACACUGUUACUCUUAUGUAUGGAGGACGCAACUUCCAUUUGGCUACGAUAAUAUCAUGUGACCGCUUUGCUUGCCAAAGUGUCUCUCCCUUUUUUGUAUACAUUACAUCGUACUUCAUAUGAGACUGCUUAUUUUUCUUUUUCUUUUUUGAACUUCGCACACCGCCUUUUUUCAAACGCGUCACGUAUGUUUCGCCGCACGCAAUAGUGACGGAUC